AGCCAAAAGAUUCUCCAUCUCUUGGUUCCUCUAUCAUUAUCUUUAUAAUCAAUUCUCCCUUCAAGUUUUGGCCUUCACUCCUCUUUCUCUCUCUCUCUCUCUAUAGCUUCCAAAACCAUUUUGUAUCCUUUGCACAAGCUGAAUGGUCACUUAAUUUCUAUUAGAUUUUCUACUUCAAUGUGUACAAGAUAGCUAUGUUCACUGAUUGGUUUCUCAAAAUGGGAAUGAAAUUGCAGGGAAAGAAAGUUUGAGUAUGAGAGGAAAACAAGAAAAUGGAUUUGCUUUUGAAGGAGAAAUUGGAAAUAAAGCUACAGUGAGUGAAGUGAAGCGUUGGGAAGUUUGAAUUCAAUUUUGAAGCCCCCAGAAGCGGAAAAAGAUAAGUAUGCCAACAGUGUGGUUUUCCUUGAAGAGAUCUCUACACUGCAAAUCAGAACCAUCAGAUGUUCAUGACCCAAAAUCAAGGAAAAAUUUGAGCACAAUCGUGACAAGGAAAGCUGGGAGGUCUGGUUGUUCAAGGUCUAUUGCAAAUCUCAAAGAUGUUAUUCAUGGAAGCAAGAGACACAUGGAGAAACCCCCAAGUUGCAGCCCAAGAUCUAUAGGGAGUAGUGAGUUCCUAAACCCAAUAACCCAUGAAGUGAUUUUGAGCAACUCAAGAUGUGAACUCAAAAUCACUGGUUUUGGUGGGUUCCAAGGUGGAGUUCCAAGUUCUGAAACUAAUGGGUCUAACAAUGGUGGAAGUGGAAGUAAUGGUGGUGGUGGUUCAACAUUUGUGGGUACUCUAAGGCCAGGUACUCCUGGACCUGGAGGACACCCAACGAUGCACUAUUUCAAUCCUUCAUUCAAAGCAACAGCAACUCCACCAAGAAAGUCUCCAUUUUUAUCGUCUGAGAGACAAGGGGGUGGUUCUGUUCCUUCAAGUAGAAGGGUUUCUCUUGAGACUGACUCUAAUGGGUCUUCUGCAAUUUCUUGCCAUAAAUGUGGAGAACAGUUCACUAAAUGGGAUGCUGCUGAAGCCCACCAUCUCUCUAAGCAUGCUGUAACAGAACUUGUUGAAGGUGAUUCGUCUAGAAAAAUUGUAGAGAUAAUAUGCAGGACAAGCUGGUCAAAGAGUGAAAACAAUUGUGGCAGGAUUGAGAGAGUAUUGAAAGUCCACAAUAUGCAAAAAACUCUUGCAAGAUUUGAAGAUUACAGAGAAAUGGUGAAGAUUAAAGCCAGUAAGCUCCAAAAGAAACACCCUAGAUGCCUUGCUGAUGGGAAUGAACUCUUAAGGUUCUAUGGCACUACUGUGGGUUGCAAUCUUGGCCUAAAUGGCUCAUCUAGUCUCUGUGUAUCUGAAAAAUGUUGUGUUUGUCGAAUAAUUCGAAAUGGGUUCUUUGCCAAGAAAGAGCUGAAGGAAGGGAUUGGUGUGUUCACAACUUCUACAAGUGGAAGAGCAUUUGAAUCCAUUGACAUAGUUGAAGAUGACCCAAGUAUAAGAAAAGCUUUGAUUGUCUGUAGAGUGAUUGCAGGGAGGGUUCAUAGGCCUUUGGAGAAUAUACAAGAAAUGGCAGGCCAAACUGGGUUUGACUCAUUGGCAGGGAAAAUGGGUCUCUAUUCAAAUAUUGAAGAGCUUUAUCUUCUAAACCCUAAAGCUCUGCUUCCUUGCUUUGUGGUUAUAUGCAAACCAUGAAGAUAGAAAGAAAGAAAGAUUGAAAUUUGCAUAUACAGAAAGUUAUGUGAGUCAUUUUUUGCACUUUGAUUCUUCUUUGCAGCUCCUUGUUCCCACUUCUUAGUACAUAUCAAAAGAUUUGUGCUUUCCUGGUGUUGAUUAUGUAUCUUGUCUCCUCUUCUUACAUUAGCAUAGCUCAUGCUGGCUGCUGCUGUUGUAUGUUCCUGGGCAGACAUUUAUGAGGAUUGUUUGUAUUCUGUUGUCCAUUUUUUUGAAUAUUUUCACCUGUCUGUAAAUUGAAUAGUGACAAAUUAAGGGUUCUUGGGCAGA